GACCGUGACCGUCGUUCCUCACCCUCGUCCCGGGUCGCACUACGAUAGCCGGUCUCGAUUGGCUCGACAAGACAACGUACAAAAAGGUCCGUUGCGCACGAAUUCCUAGAUAGCACAUCGAUCACUCCAUACCUCAGCACAGCUCCCUCAUUUGUCGCCUUGCAGCAUAUUCAAGAUGUCAGCGCCCCCGCAGCACAAGUCCGUCGUUUCCUCUUCAGGUCUCCUGAACAAGGACUUUGCGCUUCCACCUGCUCAGACCGGAGCGGAAAUCGCCAUUCUGCCCGAAAAGCCGGUCGUAGACUGGGCAACUACUUUCAAAGGCGUUCUGCAAGGCUUGGGAGCCAAAGUGAUCGAAGGGAACGAUUGCGUCACUGCGAACACGCAAGGAAUCUUGUGGGUCGAUCACGGGCCCAAGAAUGUGCCCAUCCUGGAAAAGGCGCUUCAGGUUGGCACGUCGGUCAAGUGGGUUCAACUGCCAAUGAGCGGCAUCAAUGCGUAUGCCGCAGUCGUCAAGAGGUAUCCACACCUUAUCUGGACGAGCGCAAAGGGAGCUUAUGCCCAACCAGUUGCCGAGCAUGCCCUGACUCUGACCUUGGCACUGCUGCGGCACAUACCUCUCAGAGUUCGUGCGGACUGCUGGGGCCCAAUGCUAGGCUACUCUCUCUUUAACCGUCGAGUGCUAAUCAUCGGUGCCGGUGGAAUCUCGCUCUCCCUGCUAUCUUUAUUGAGUCCCUUUACUCCCCGCGUCACUCUCUUUCGUCGCCGAGCCACAGAACAGCUGGAUCUAUCCGAAUUGCCAAUGACGGACGAAGCGCGCUCCUUGGUGGAUGUACAAGGAUUGAGCAAGCUGCACGAAAAUUUACCUCAGGCUGACGUGGUCAUCAUCGCUGCUGCGCUCACGGCGGAUACCCAUCACGUCAUUGGGGAAAGGGAGCUGGGACUGAUGAAGAGUACAGCUGUGCUCGUCAACAUUGCGCGAGGGGAGCACAUCGACACACCAGCAUUGAUCAAAGCGCUUCGAGAAGGUCAGAUUGCCGGUGCAGGGCUCGAUGUCGUGGAAGGCGAGCCUAUAGGUGACGAUCAUCCGCUGUGGAACGUCGACUCCUCGCACAAUGAUGUGGCAGGCACCAACUCGGGCAUGUGGGGUCCCGUCAAGAAAGGCGGCGAAGGACGGGCAAAUCUCAUCGUCACACCUCACACCGCCGAUACGCUAGACAUGGUCCUGCCCCUGUUCACGCGGCGCUUCACACAAAAUGCCCAGGCCCUAAUGAGCGGCGAUGGCAGCUUCGAGGGGGUCGUCGAUGCUGAGCACGGCUACUGAAUCGCCAAGAAGGUAUGAAUCGAUUCGAGUAAAUCUCUCUUUAAGAUAUUAUUACAAUGCACAAUUCUCUGCAAAGCGUGAUGGUUGGCGCCCCUCGUCCUAGGUGUGAUGUGUCGAAGACACGCCUAAUCGUCACCAGGGCCGGUCUUUCUGAGGUUCACUCUGAUUCUAGGACGCGCAGAAUUGGGGGUGAGCGCGGCGUUGUCUCCAGAGUCUGCCGCAUCGCCGGCGACUGGUGCGACUGGAAACAGCGCCGAGGCGGCCUCGCCAUCAGUGGGCAGAGGGUCACCUGGG